CCCACGCGUACCCCCGCAAAGCGGGUUGGGCCAAGCUAGUUCUCCUAAACCAAGCAUCUUCCUUUCGGCAGCCCCUGUCUCUCUUUCUUCUUAAAAAAAUGCAGCGAUCCAUAGAAAAGAUGCAUGCUGAUCAUAUGGGUGUUUUUGUUAAUGGAAGAGGGAGGUAACUCAGAUCCGCAGCUCAAUCUGCUCAACUCAGUCUGCAGUCAACACAACGUCACCAACGUCCAGGACUUCCACACAAACCUGAGUGCCACGUUCCUCAAACUCAGGGCGGAGCUCGUGGGCGGCAACAACUUCGCCACUGCUGACAAAGCGUCCGAUUCCAGCCCCACCUACGCCAUGGUGCAGUGCAGAAACUAAAUCUCCCCUACGGACUGUUUGGCUUGCUUUGACGCUGCUUCCAUUAAAAUCUGGAAAUGCUC